GUUCCCAGCACUCACCAGUGUAUCCAGCAGUGCAUCCUUCGCUCCAGCGCCAGCGCGCACAGAGGCACCGGCCCCAUGAAGCUGCAGGGCGGGUGAUAGAGUAUCGAGCUCCGGAGAUGCCCGUCCAUGGAGACCAGGAGGGAACCCUGCAGCCCUUGGUCCGCUAACAAGGACACAGAGUACCACCCCAGUGUGGACAUGGGGACCAGGAGGAGGCAGAGGAACAGAGAGGCAGCGAGAAAGAGCCGACAGAAGACCACCGAGAGGGCUGACGAGCUGCACCAGGAGCUGCAGCGUUUGGAGCAGGACAACUUGUCUCUGCAAAGGGACAUCACAGCUCUGCAGAAGGAUAAGGACUUCUACACCUCUUUGCUGGAGACACAUGUCCCACACUGCUGUCUCACUCGCAAGCCCACUGACAUUGAGAACUCCUGUGAGGGUCUGUCAGCUGGUCUCAUGACUGUCUCCACCAACCCUGUCCAUCAACCUGUCCAUCAAAAUGUCCCCACUACUAUCCAUCAACCUGUCUGUGCAACUGUCCAUCAAAUUGUCCCCACCACUAUCCAUCAACCUGUCUCUGCACCUGUCCAUCAAAUUGUCCCCACCACUACCCAUCAACCUGUCCCUGCACCUGUCCAUCAACCUAUCCCUGCACCUGUCCAUCAAACUGUCCCUCCCACUGUCCAUGAACCUGCUCCUGCACAUGUCCUCAACUGUGUCUAUCAAACUGUCCAUUUGUCUGUCCCCACCACUGUCCCUAGAACAGUCCAACAACCUGUCCCCACCACUGUCCAUAGAUCUGUCACCACCAGUGUCCAUCAACCUGUCCCUGCACCUGUACCCAACAGAGUCUUUACCAAUGUCCAACAACUUGUCCCUGCACCUGUUUCCAACACUGUCUGUACCAAUGUCUCUACCUGUGUCCCUGCCAGUGUCCCUUCCACAGCCUUCACCUAUGGCUCCACUACUAUCUGCACUCCUGCCUCCAACUUUGUCCCUACCACUGUCUCCCCUUAUAGCCCCACACAUCUCCCUAUCACUGUCUUUGACUCUAUUACUACCAGUGUCCCCACCAUUGUCUCCACCAAUGUACCUGUCUCUGCCCAUGUCCACACAUCUGUAUCUUUCCCAACUGUCUGUCCACUUUCUACCUCCAGCCUCGGCCUAAACACUUACCCUGAGAUAUCCUACACCACCCCUGUCCCUGUCCCCCCAUACCCCCUAUUUGUCUCUAGACAGACUCACUCCAGCUCCCCACAAACCUCCUGUUCUGUCACAGACAGGUCAGGUUGUCUGGUCGCUCCUGUCACAGACUCCUUCACCUCACUAUCACCCAUGUACUCUGGGGUCCUCAUACCCCCAGUCAGCCCGGGGCCCUCUCCCAGCCUGGCCACUGACCUGAUCCUUGGACCACUGGACUUCCCCCCAUUCAGCGAUAUCCUGGACCUUGCACUAUUCAAUGACACUCUACAGCAAUUACUAGACAAUAAUGAGUAGAUGCUUAAUAUUUAAUAAUGUGUUUUUAAAGAUACAAAUUUAGUGCCAAAAAUGUAAUUAUUAUUUGUCAAUUGAUACUUUGCAGCUGAUGUCAGCAGUAUUCCUUGGGGUGUCGUUCUAACUGUAGCUCUAUUACGCCUUUGUCUGAGCUUUAUUUUAACCCUAUUAAUACUGAAAGUACAACAGGUUAGCUGAUUUAUGGGCUCGACACAUGGGGAGCGACGUCGCUUGCUCUCCAUUUAUUUUCAAUGGUACCUGUGCGACACUGCGAAAAUCGCUCGUCUCUCUCACCUCCGCGACAAGCGAAAGUCGUGCACGUGAAAACCUCGCGCUCAUGCAUGUCGACGCGACUAAUGAAAGUUGAAAAAUGUUCUACUUUUAUUGCUGUCGCCUGCACAACAGCCAGUCAGCGAGAGUUUGAUUGACGAGCCAAUACACUGUCCACUUCAGAAACAUCAUGGAGGAGAAAAUUAUAUACUCACGGUGUCGGAUUUCCCAAUUCUUUUUGACAUAUCUCAAAGAGACUACCGAGAUAUAUCAAAAAAAGCAGCUGCCUGGGAACUCGUUGGUGCCAGGGUGAAUAUGAAUGGUAAGUUAACAUGCGCAAAUUUGUUAAUUCAGAUAAAUUUAUGGAGGCUAAUAACCAAAUGUAUUAAAGACUGAUUCAACAUUAAAAAAUAUAUACUUAUUUAAGGUUUUUACAUUAAACAGAAUUAGCUGCAGAAUAGGGUGGACCAAGGAUAACUUUUUUUUUAGUUUUGUAGAGUGCAACCAAUUGUAAUAUUUUAGUCAAAUGAAGCAAAACUUUACGAGAUUUCAUUUUAGCAUCUUUUUCCCAUCUACCGCUAUUAACCUCAAAAUUCCCUCCAAAUAAACAGCCAAUCAGACGUGUAGGAGGCUCGCGAUCUGCUCUGGAACAGAGCGUGACGUGACAAGCUGCCGCUAGUCGCUGCCCGUGUGUUCGAUUUUAAAGCCUAUGUGAUGAGUGUCGCUGCAUGCUGUCGUUAGUCACUCCCCGUGUGUCGAGCCCAUUAUGCUUUUAAGCAAGUCACUCGCAAACAACAUUACAGCCACAAGCUAGCUUGCAUUAGCCAACAGUUUUUUUGUUAGUCACUCUCGCCCUUUUUGGUCAAUUCCAUUCAAUUUUAAUUAUAUAGCACAUUUAAAAUACAAUUUAGCUCCUGCUGACUGGGAACAGUCAGCAGGAGCUGGUCAGGGCUCUGGCUGGAGGGCAAGAGAAUCAAAUAUAGAGAACCCAUAGAGUACAAACAUUUAGACACAA